AUGUUGGGGAUCAGAGGUCCAUCACCGCCCCUCUACCUUCUUUUCCCACUGCUGGCUCUGUACCGUGCUGAAAGGAGCCACCCUCCUCAACGCAGGUUUGAGUACAAGCUCAGCUUCAAGGGACCGAGGCUGGCAGUUCCUGGGGCUGGAAUCCCUUUCUGGAGCCACCACGGAGAUGCCAUCCCAGGCCUAGAGGAAGUGCGGCUGGCUCCAUCUAUGAAGAACCGGAGUGGUGCUGUGUGGAGCAAGAUCUCUGUCUCCUUCCCUGCCUGGGAAGUGGAGAUGCAGAUGAGGGUGACGGGACCAGGGUGCCGGGGAGCCCUGGGUAUGGCCAUGUGGUACAUCCAGGACAGGGGUCAAGUCAGCUCUGUCCCAGAGGAGCUGGUCUCGUGGGAUGGCAUCCGAAUCUUCUUUGAUUCCUCCGCCAAUGAUGUCCAGAACAGCCCUGCCAUCCGAGUGCUGGCCAGUGAUGGGCAUGGCCUCCAGGAGCAGUUUGGGGAUGGCAGUGUCCGGGAACUGGGCUCCUGUCACCGGGACUUCAGGAACUGGCCAUACCCCUUCCGAGCUCGGGUCACCUACUGGAGGCAGAGGCUGCAAGUGUCCUUGAGUGGAGGCCUUAUUCCCAAUGACCCUGAAGAGGUCUGUGUCAGUGUGGAGCCCCUGCUUUUGGCCCCUGGAGGCUUCUUUGGGGUCUCAGCAGCCACCAGCAUCCUAGCAGAUGACCACGAUGUCCUGUCCUUCUUGACCUUCAGUUUGAGGGAACCAGGUCCAGAGGUGGCCCCCCAGACAUUCAUUGAGAAGGAGCAGUUCCGCCUGGCUAGGAAGCUGGAGGAGCUGCAGGCCAGGCUGGCCCUGGGCACCAGCCAGGACAGCAUUCCACCACUGGACUCCGAAGUCCAGGAAGAAGGGGAAAGGUUCCUUGACCUGGAGAAAACACUGAGCAGACAAAGCCAGAUCCUGCAGGCCCUCCAGGCUCUCUCCAGGCAGUUGGACCAGGCUGAGAGGCAGUGGAAACAGCAGCUGGGGUCUACAGUCCAAGUCAGGCCUGAGGGAGGCUGGGACACUGCCAAGGUCAGCACCCUGCUCUAUGGACAGCGGACUCUGCUCCAGGCCCUGCAAGAGAUGAGGAAAGCGGCUGCCCAAAUGGCUUCAGGAGCCCAGGUCGUCUACCUGCCUGUGGGCACUAAGCAUCACUUUUUUGAGCUGGACCAGAUCCUCAGCCUCCUGCAGAAGGACCUCCGGGAUCUGGUGAAAACGACAGCCAAGGCUCCCCGCCCAUCUGGCUGGCUCUUAGGAACGUCUGCAUGUCUUCGGACCAGCAUCUUCCUGUUCUUCCUCCUCAUCCAGACUGUAGGCUUCUUCUGCUACAUGAACUUCAGCAGACAGGAGCUGGACAAGAGGUUUCAGAAGUACCUGUCCAUGGGAAGCCUUCCUCUAGAACCUGCAUUGCCCACCCCUAGGACACUGGGGGCUCUGAGGAGACAGCCUGUUCCCCUGAGCAUGCAAGCUUGA